AUAGAAAAUUUCAUAGAGAAUUGGAGGAAGAAGAAGAAGAGCCGGCAUUUAGGAAAUCUUGAAAUCGCCCAAACCAUAGUUGUGGAAGGGAAGGGAAGGGGGAACCUUGGAAGGAACAAAUCCAAAAAAAAACAAAGAAAAAAGGUAGUAGAAAGAAAUAGAGAGGGUUUGGGGGAGGGAAUCAAACAACAUAAACAAAUUCCAUCACCGCCAUCAACAGAAAACCCACGAACAAAUCUCUUUCUUCCUCCUAUUUUCUAUCAUCCCUUCUGUUUUGGGUUGUAAAGUUUCUGAUUGCCCAUUCUCUAUUUGGUAUAGGGAUGAUGAACUUGGUGAAUGAGAAUUGAGAAAUUCUUGCACUCUACUUGUUUGAUAAUUUUCUCCUGAAAAUAUAACAGAGGAAAAGAGAACACGACGGAGGAAGAGCAAUAUUGGAAGAAUACAACAAGGAAUCGGAGGGGAAAUAAAAUGUCAAACUCGGCGGAGUUGCCGAGUCUCGAACAAAAUUUCUCAGUUGUUUCCAAGGCGGAUGAUAAUUCCACGGAAAGUUCAGAUACUACUACAACAGUCGUUUCCCCUCCUCCACCCGAUGAUGGCUCCACGUCUCCGUCUUCAGGCGAUGGAGGAUCUGAUUCAGGUUCCAAAGCCUCUCCUCCCGCUAAUAACAAAACAAAUAAUGAAACUAGCAAUGGUUCACCGUCACCACCGCCGCCAUCGGGGUCAAAUUCUAGCAAUAAUCAAGGAUCUGCGGACGCUCCUGAUGACUCAGGAACGCCACCACCUCCACCACCCUCAUCGUCAUCGUCGAAAACUCCAUCGACCACAAAAUCACCUCCCGCGUCGCAAAAUUCCGGGUCCAAUUCUCCUACCCCUUCUCCUCCCCCGCCUCCUUCUAACUCAGGAAACCAAUCUCCUCCCUCGUCCACGGGUCAGCCAUCUCCACAAAGUGGUGGGAAAUCACCACCCCAACCAUCGACAGGAAAACCCAAUAAUCCCCAAACACCUUCCGGCGAUGGUUCUCCUCCUGCCCCAAGGACGCAAACAGCUACCCCAACACCGUCAGGGACACCUUCUGUGCCGCUAAGUUCAGGAGGGUUCAAUCCUCCCCCGGCAAUUGGGUCCCCACCAGGUCAGGGUGGAUCUGAAACCAGCCCUACUCGCGGAAACGUGCCUAGUAGUGCCUCUUCGGCAUCCCAAGAUGGUUCGAUUGAUUCGGCUUCGAAUUCAAAAGCAACAGGAAAUUCUGGAAACUCAGGUAAUGGGAACGGGAAUUCGGCUACCACGGCUAUAAUUGUAGCAAGCACAGUGGUGGUCAGCGUCAUACUCAUCGCACUUAUCGCAGUCAUCAUCGCUACUAGGAAGAAAAAAAGACGCCAUGACCCUCCUUAUGCUCCUCCUUACAUGACUCCUCCCAAUAAUUUCUCUGCAAUGCAACAAUCGGACCCAUACUAUUACGGACAAGCAGGUGGUCCGCAUUCAAUGGGUUACUCUAGUCAGAACCACUCGUAUGCGUCACAACAAAAUUCAGGGGCGUUUAGCGGAGGAAGCCAGAGAGGCAUGAGCUCUGGCCCGGAUUCAGGGCUCAUCGGAGGGGGGAAGUCCUUCUUCAGCUACGAAGAGGUGAUGGAAAUGACGCGUGGAUUUUCUCGUGAGAACAUUAUAGGGGAAGGCGGAUUUGGAUGCGUGUUCAAAGGGUGGCAACCCGAUGGGAAAAUGGUGGCCGUGAAGCAGCUCAAGGCAGGGAGUGGACAGGGAGAUCGAGAGUUCAAGGCCGAGGUCGAGAUAAUUAGUCGCGUCCACCAUCGCCACCUCGUAUCUUUGGUUGGUUACAGCAUGUCAGAUGCUCAAAGGCUACUCAUUUACGAGUUCCUUCCCAAUAACACCCUUGAGUAUCACUUGCAUGCAAAAGGGCCAGGGUUGGAUUGGUCUCAAAGACUGAAAAUUGCCAUAGGGGCAGCUAAGGGAUUGGCUUACUUGCAUGAAGAUUGUACGUACACUCAAAUACUCGAUUUAUUAUUUACUGUUCAUGAAGACACAUUAACUUUUUUUCUUCCUUUCUUUGUGCAGGCAACCCAAAAAUCAUUCAUAGAGACAUCAAAUCAGCAAACAUUUUAUUGGGUAGUGAUUUUGAGGCACAGGCAAGUUGCAGAUUUUGGUCUUGCCAGACUAAAUGAUACUACUCAAACACAUGUUUCAACUCGUGUGAUGGGAACAUUUGGGUACCUGGCUCCAGAGUAUGCUCAAAGUGGGAAGCUAACUGAUAGAUCCGAUGUGUACUCGUUUGGGGUUGUUCUUCUAGAGCUUAUAACUGGGCGGAAGCCUGUAGAUUCAAGUCGUCCCCUUGGGGAUGAAAGCCUGGUUGAAUGGGCUCGUCCUCACCUUAUGCAUGCCAUGGAAACGGGAGAUCUUGGUGAGCUAGUCGAUCCUCGACUAGAGAAGCGAUAUGUGGAAGCAGAAAUGAUGAGGAUGAUCGAGACGGCGGCUGCUUGUAUCCGCCACUCUGCUCCCAAGAGGCCAAGAAUGAUGCAGGUAGUGAGAGCAUUAGACAGCGAUGAAACAGGAGACCUCACCAACGGGAUGAAGUAUGGACAAAGCACAAUGUACAACUCUGGCCAGUACAACGAAGAGAUAAUGAAGUUCAGGAGGAUGGCACUAGGUUCAGAUGACAGCGGGGAGUUCGGCUACAGUACCGGAGAUUUCACCACAAGAGAGAUGUCUCACGGAGUACCAAUAGCCAAUUCCACUGGGGAUUACUCAAGCAGCGGGGAGUUGGAAACUCGAGCCAUUAAUAGGCCCUCAUCAAGAAAUUGGUAGAAGAAGAUACCCCCCCCCCCCCAAUUAUCAUUCAUUCUAGUAACAAGAAAGAAAGAAACGGAAAAGGAUAAAAUGUUAAUCAAGUGCUUGAAAAUUUCACACCCAUAAACUACAUAUGCUCUCCCCCAAACAUCAAUGUUCUUUACUCCAUUCCCUCCCUCCCUCCUUCCUUCCUUCCCUCCCCUCCAACUCUUUUGAUCUCCAUGAAAUCUCGAGUUUCAUGAUGUAUAGAUAAAGGAAGUGAGGGUGUAACUCAGUGAAAAUCUUGUGGAAAUGUAAUUUUUCGGCACAAUGCAAUUUUCUCGUGAUCAUCUACCUAUCUAUUAUAGGAUGAUUGUGAAGUCAAAACUAAAAACCCAAGGGAACAAAAUACAGUGGUCAUGUCUUAUUAAAUCCAAGCACUCAACCCUAUAUUUUAUUAUAUGGUAGGGGUGGGCAAUGGGUGGAUGAGUGUGAUUUGAUCUCAAAUUGACCCACCUACUUACUAGUAAGUACGCAUAAUUUUGAC